UAUUUAAAUGCAACUCCGCUCAUGAAACACAGCUGAAUGCAAUUUUUCGCAUUCCUUUUUUGCUGACGUUUAUGCUUCAAAUGUCAGAUUUGCGUUCGUUUCUCCCGCUGCGUCUAUAUUGCCGACAGUUGUGCAAAAACUACAAUUUUAUAGAGAAAAUCUUGCACAAAUUAUAAUUUUGCAAGAAAAUUGAUAAUUUUACUGGUGAAUAUUGGUUGCAGCAUACCAGUCAUUUAAUAUGUUGUCUGAGGAAGAUGGGGGAAUGGAUUACGAUGAGUUGACAUUGAAUCCACUACUGGUGGAAAUUGAGGCUGAAACUGAUUUGGACUCAAAGAAGGAAAAACAACGCCGAUAUUGGUCGGCGAAAGAGGAGCAACAUUUCUUUGAAAUUUGGGGACGUGAUAAUUGGCGUUUAACGCGCCAUGGGAAAAAUACAAUUUUCUUUGCGCAAUGGGCUAAUGAAUUGAAAGAGCGCUUUGACAUUGAAGUGAAGCCGGAGGAAAUACAAGCGAAAGUCAACCAGACGCGCGCAAAGUUCAGGCAAGUGAAAAAGCAGAUAGCUGCAGACAAAAAUGCCGCACGUUGGAAAAAAUUUGGAAUUAUAGAUAAGAUACUUAAAAAUCAGUAUCGUCCAAAAGAUGCCGAACCAGUACCGAAAGAAGCAUUAGAGAAUAAUCGUGAUAUUGAUUUGAGCGAAGUUGGUUCACCGCCAUCACCGCCACGUUCAGCCCGGCAGUCUUCGCCCACAAGUAUUACAUCCAGUUCCAAUACGCAAGAAGCCACAAAUAAUGCAUCCACGACAGAGAACAACAAUGGUUCCAUGUUAUUAGAUGUGCCGGCAAGCAGCGAGGAUAUCGAUAUAAAAUCUGAGAGUGAAUUUCUAGCUGACUCGAGCAUCACCACUUCACUAUUCAAUACAAGCACUGAGCUUUUCAGCGACACAAUUGAGGAAAUUAAAACAGAAUUUACAAGUGAAUUCCCUAGUUUUGGCAACUAUCCGCAGCCAAAUCAUAUUGAUGCACAGCCACCAACACAGGAUUAUGAUGACGAGGAGCCGCAACUACAUACCCUACAAACACCACAACAAUUAUUGGAGCAGCAACAGCAACAGCAACAACAACAAAUGCAGCAACAGCAGCAAUACCAACAGUAUCCGCCAACAUCUACAACGGCACCACCGCCAGAUACAACUACAGCCAACAAUUCGCAUACACAUCCAGAACAAGCACUACCAGCUGCUUAUGAUCAUAGUGGCAACGCCUAUGCAACGAAUCAGAAUCAUUAUGCGGCAACUGCAACUACAGCGUCAGCCUCAACGCCUGGCCAGCAGCACGUUGCCAAUCCAACAUACAAUAGUCAAUAUGCUAACACUAAUAACCAUAGCAAUAGUGCCAGUGCUAGUGCUAGUGGCAGUGCUAACGCCAGUGGUAGUGGUGGUGCAACGAUGCAACCGCCAACACCAGGUUACGGCCGCGGUGGACCAGGUCAACCGCGACGUCGACGCACCUCCAACGCCAAUAACAUGUUGGUGUCCACACAAGGAGGUGCCGAUACAUUGGAAUCCAUGUACAUAAGUGAGGUGCGUAAAAAAAACAUACUACUUGCGGAACAGUUGGAAAUCUCCAGAAAGCGUAUGCAACUAGAGGAGCGUAAGGUGAAUUUGUUGGAACGUUUCUUUCCGAAAUGUCUGGAAAUGCAAGAGCAAAUACUUGGGAAGCUCAAUGGCAAUACUUAAAUGGUAUGACAUGCAUAGAGCAAUCAAGUAGAUGUCUUGGAAAAAAAUUUGUAUUUUCUCAUAAAUUUAAAAUAUAAGUUGAAAUUGCAGUAAAUACGACGUAUAUAUGUAUGUGUUUAGUUCUAAAAUUCAACAUAAUUCGGCAUGAAUCGUUUGCUUGGGAAAGUGGUAUACCAAUUGGCGUUAAUAAUAUAUUAUAAUUGAUAAUUUAUCAUUAGUUAAUUAAUUUUCGUAUUUGAAAUUGGCUCUGAAAUUCCUAUACAAAUUUCUAUUCAUAACUGUAUUUUCCUACUAUUUUUAUGCGGCUUUUAUAUUACAAAAAAAAAAUAUUAUUUGUAAAACUGUUUUUAUUUUGAACAACCCGCUAUUUUAGCAACUUGAAACUUUUUAGAGACAAAAUGUGUAAAUCUCUUUCCUCAAUAACAGUAAAUCAUAGUUUUUUUUUGUAUUUAUUUCAAAUGCAUGCAUUCAAACCAACAAACUGUGUGAAUGAAAAUUAUAUUUUCGAAAAUUAUUAUUUAUACCUGCAUCAAAGUAUAAGAUGGAAGAUAUUUAAAGCAACAACUUGAAUGUUAAAAAUCAGCACUGGCAUAAAUUAAAAUGAAUGAAAGAAAGAAAUCAAUUACCUAAAUAACUGUCACUAUGCCUAGAUAUCAAAAAAGAAAAAAUGAAAAUUAACAAAAAUUGUAAGAAAUUCAUAUUAAAAAUUCCUUAUGUAUCAUCGUUAGUAAAAGUAAAACAAAAAAAAAAAAAUCUAAAUACACAUGCUUACAUACACAUACACACACUAUAUCAAAAGCCUACGUAUGAAAAGUUGCUGGCUAAAAUGAGAACAAAGAGUGCAUAAUUGUCUGCAAAAUAAAAAGAAAAAAAAUAUAAAAAAUAGUAGCAGCGGCAUGGAAGAACCCACGAGUAUCUAUUAAGAAAGGACGUGAAAUUGACCUAUACAAAACGUAAUUAAGUUUGUAUUGAGAUUGUGCGUAAUACAUAGUUAGAUGAUAAGCCCAGUUAAUGAACAUGAUUUCUCAUUUGUCAAAUCAUUAAAUUAAAACAUACAAAAAA